AUGGGCAUUGAGAAGAAUGAAUCAUCCAUGGGUUGUCGUUCUGCUCCUAGUAAAGGCCCAGGACAUUUUCUUUUUGAAAAGCGCUCAUCAUCUACAGAGUUGACUGAUCAACUUGGUACUGGUUCUUCUCAGCGUUCAGUUGAUUCCAUUACAAGACAAAAUUUGGUUUCUGCAAUUGAACAACAUGGUUCCAGUAGGAAAUCUUUGUCAGAGUCGUUGCUUGUUGAUCAAAAUUCUGCUACCGGAAAUGUCUCCCUUCACAAGGACUUUCAUCAUGAGGAAGAAAAAAUCACGGCUGCUAAGACAGCAAAAAACUUAGAAGAUAGAAAUUCUUCCUCACCAGCUACUGAACAUCAAAGAAAUCAUUCAGAUAUGUCAGUCCAGCCAAGCAAUCCUGUUGGUAAAGUUAAUUCAGAGGAUAUGCCUUGCAUCUAUGAAAUGGAAACUUCUGACUCCCACAACGAAGGAAUUGGAAACCUUUCAGUUGAUAAUGAGGACAAAUUAUUACCAGAGAGUGAUUGUACAACUGGAAAGGCUCAUGCAAGUAUAUAUCAAUUGUAUGAAACAAAAAUAGGUGCUUUAAUAAGAAGGAACGGAAUACUUGAAGGACAACUGGCAGCUGCACUGGGAGGUCGCGAAGCAGCAGAGAAAAAUCUAUCCUCCGUUCUGAAGAGCAGACAAGAGAUGGAGAAAAAGUUGGUAGACACAGGGAGGGAGGUGGAGCUGUUGAAAGAAAAGUUGGCUGGUGUAGAGCUAGCUCAAGAAGAAGCCAACAGCUUAUCAAAUAUUGUCCAUUCUGACAACGUAAGGCUUGAGCAUGAUGUGGCUUUCCUGAAGGCUGUUUUGGAUGAUACUCAGAAGGAGUUGCAUUCAACUCGGGGAGUCCUUGCAGGGGAAAGGGCAAGAGCAUUCCAACUACAGUGCAUCGAACCCAACAAAUCUGGCAAAAACAAUUUAUGGCUUGUUGAGUUACCAGUUUAG